AUGAUGGACAUGUGUAGCACGUCCGAGGCAAACCCAGUCAGCCCAGGGCGAAAGCCAACCAGUGCUUUCAAGCCCGUCGACCUGUCCUCGCCGUACGACCGCGAUGCCGUGGCCGGGAAAACGAUACUCAUCACGGGCGGGGCCUCUGGGCUUGGCGCGGCGUUUGCCAAAACGUGGGCUUCGCACGGCGCGCAUGUGAUUAUCGGCGACGUGGACGACGCGGCGGGCGAAGCGUUGGUCGCCGAUCUACGGGCCACGACCAAGUCCGAGCACCACCACUACCAGCACUGCGACGUGACCGACUGGCAGAGCCAGGUCGCCCUCUUCAAAAUGGCGGCCAGCGUCAGCCCCACCAAGGGAAUCGACGUCGUCGUGCCGAACGCCGGCAUCGGGCACGAUGGGGUGUUUGACGUGAACCUCACCGGCGCGGCCUAUACGGUCCACCUCGCGCUCUUCUGGCUGCAAAAGAACGAGCCUGGAAGAGACCGCGCCAUCUUGUUGAUCGGGUCCAUCGCGGGCCUCAUUCCCCUCGUCGGUUCCGCCCAGUACACCGCCUCGAAGCACGCCAUCACGGGCCUCUUUCGGUGCCUUCGCGGGACCUCGUACCGCAAGGGGAUACGGGUCAAUAUGCUGUGCCCGUACUUCCUCGAAGACGUCGUGGAUGCGGGAACACGGCUGGUGGCGGACGAUAAAAUUUACGGCCGGGGCCUCGUCGUCGGCCCGCGCAUGGUCGUGCAAGAUACCGAUGAGGGCGAGAUCAAGCUUGUGCAAAUCCCUACCGGCACGGAGACGGGGAAGCCCAUAUGGGACUGCUACGCGCAUGAUUACCACGCCGCCCAGGCGUUUGUCUACAGAUACACCUUGUUGCUUGUGGGCAUCGCCAAAAUCCGCGGUUGGUUUGGCUGGCUCACCGACGUCAGUUGGAUCCUGUUCAAGCGGCGGCCGGAACAGCAACCAAAAUAG